AUGUCCACCUUCCGAGGCCUGCAGCAGCCCGAGCUAAGCCGUAAAUUGAGCCGGCUCAUCAAGAACGAGAACUCCGCUAUCAGCGCACAUGAGUCCGCCGGUCGUGAGCGCGCUGCCAUUGCCGCCGCGCUCUCGGAAUGGGGCGAGUCGACUGAGGACGACGCUGUCUCCGACAUCUCCGACAAGCUGGGCGUGAUGCUGGCGGAGAUGGGCGAGCAGGAGGACAUCUUUGCGCAGAACCUCGAGGACUAUCGCGGUGUGCUGAAGCAUAUUCGCAAUAUGGAGGCGUCCGUGCAGCCGUCGCGCGACCAGCGCCAGAAGGUUACCGAUGAGAUUGCCAAGCUCAAGUACAAAGAUCCCACGAGCACUCGUCUGACGACGCUGGAGCAUGAGCUUGUGCGUGCUGAGGCGCAGAACCUGGUUGCUGAGGCGCAGCUGUCGAAUACUACCCGGACAAAGCUCAAGGAAGCGUUCGAUCUCCACACUGCCGCUGUCAUUGAGCGUGCGGAGAAGCAGAUCAUCCUUGCUCGUCACGCCCGUCGCCUGCUGAACUUCAUUGACGACAGCCCGGUGGUGCCCGGCGAUACGCGCAAGGCAUACGAGCAUGAGAUGGACGCACGUCAGGUUCUCGAGGACACUGAAGCCGAUCUGCGUGCUUGGGAGCCCAGUGUCGAGCCCAUCCCAAGCUCGUCGGUGGAAGCCCCGACCCGUGUCAAUCAUCACGCCCAAGUCGCCGAAGAGGAACAUGACGAGGAGAGCGUGACCCACGCCACUAGCGGCGUGACGGUUGGCAAUGCUGUGCCAUCGUCCUCGAAGCAGGUGGAAGAAGCAGUGGCUUAG